UGCGGCUCGGGCGCGACAGUUCUCUCUCGACCACCGUUGGAAGAUUUUCGCGUUCCGUCGAAGGUGAGCAGCGACGAGAGCGAGUGUGUGAAUCGAAAAAAAAAAAGAAAGAAGAACCGAAGGAAAAUUACAUCCUCUCAUUUUCUUUAUCUCUUUCUCUCUCUCCGUUCCAAUCUCUCUCUCUCUCUCUCUCUCUCUCUCUCUCUCUCUCUUUCUCUCUUUCUCUCUCUAUUCCUCUUUCCAACUCAUUUCGAAAGUUCAUUAAUCCAUGCUUCCUUCUUUUCAAUUUUCCUUUAUCAUGGAGAUCGACAAGAAAAGAUCAUCGCUCGCCAAAACUCAGUUCCCACGGAAGAGAGGAUAAACGAAAGAAGUAGAGAAGGAGGUGGUGGUAGUCGGUUGAGGUGGCGGAGGAGGUACCGGAGGUGGGAGGCGAGGCGAUCGUGUUCAGAACCGGGACGGAACAUCGAUCAACGGCAUGUGGAAACGCCUUGAACCAGAUACGAAAGCAGCAGCAGCGUUUUUUUCGGCCUCGACCGCGAAUCGCUGGAACGGCGCGCGCUCGGAUCUUGAAUCUCCUAUUAGCCGAUACCCCGACGAUCUCUCGUCGUCGCAUUCGUCUUUGAAGUUCGGCCCGCCGACUUCGAAUCGGCCACGAUCGUCCCACGUCGACGAACAAACGAGCCUUUUCUCCUAAUUCCAAGAUAGAGGGCGGCCUAACGCUCGAAAUUGAUCUCGAUCUAUCUUCCGUCUUUUUUUCUUCUUCCUCUUCUUCUUCUCCUCUCUCCUCCUCUCGCUCUUUUCAUCUCUUGUUGUUAACGAAAAAGAAAAGACAAAAGAAAAAAAGAAAACGACGAACGAACGUGAUCCUUACAAACGGUCGAAUAGUAAUCGGAAAGUGUGAAAAAUCAUUCGCGUUCGCGUCACACGAAUUAACGAUAAUCGGACCGUGGUGAAUCAGAAAAUUACUUCGAAAGUCCGAUAUUAUUUGGAGCUUAUCUCAAAGACGUCUUCGUCGUUAAGAUCAAACUUGGUUGAAGUUGCGGUUUCUCCGUUUCGGAACUCUACGUGUAUCGCGAGAAAGCUUCUCGAUUAGUUCGUUGUUUGUUACAUUACGAGUCCCUCGAUCUUCGAGAGGUUUGAAGUAUCGAAAAAAGAAGAGUGGGAUUUACAUGCACACGAACACACACACGUACGCAUACAUACAAAAAAUAUAUAUAUAAAGAAAGUUUGUUAGAUCUUACGAAUCGAAUGUUUAUUACAAAAAUAUAAAUAUUAAAGAAUCUUCAGUAUAUUUUAACGAUAAUCAAAGUCUAGCGAGUAGUAAGAGCACGACGCACAUACCGUUCAUCGAAAAUAUUUUUAAACAGUCCGAGAAAGGAACACGUUGAAUCGUAGAGAUUAAAAUAGUUUUUUCUUCGUUCGUUUCGAGCGAGCAUCGUUUUAGAGAGACUAUUUCGACGUUAUCGCAUUAACGCGAGAUAUAUAUCUAUGUUAUAUACAUACAUACAUAUAUAUAUAUAUAUACACACAUAGAAACGCAAAAUAAAAGAAAAGAAAAAUUAUAGUCUGCGUUCGCGAAAUUAAAAAUAACUGCCAACGUUAAAGAAACACUUGCCAAUCAAAGUUCGCGUUACGGGAACCUCAACGUCAAUAUCGCGAACUUUCUUUCUCCUCCAUUUCUUCCAUUUCCUUUUCGUCUCGUCCUUAUUACAACUCGACGAGUCUCCAAGGAUUUAACUUUGUUCACGGUGUUCAAUUAUGAAGGAAAGUAUAAGAUAAAUGAGAAGAGAAAAUAUUCGCAAAGAAUUAUUUUUCGUCGGAAGAACAGAGAAAAACAGAUAUACACAGAAAUAUAUAUAUACAUACAUACAUAUAUAUAUAUAUAGAAAGAUAUAUAUACAGGUACAUAUGUAAUAGAUAUGUACUCUCUAUAAAUACAACCGUAUGUCGAUUAUUCUGUCCAAACGUGUUAUCAGCAAGAAAAAAAUAUCGGAAUAGUUACAAAACAAAGAAACGGAGGAAAAAAUAGUUCCGAUUACGAUUUCUAAACUACCUCAGGUGUAACUUUUAAUUCGAUCGAUUCGUUAUCCUGAAUGAGAAAAGAAAGAAGAUAAUUUAAAAGUACAUUUCGAAGAUCGAAGAUAUAGCUGAAAUUGAUCGUUCUCUAUUAAGAAAUACGAGAGAUCCUAUCGAAAAAAGAUGAAUUAAUAAUUAACGAAGCUUAAAAGCACUCUGAUAAACGUAUCGUUGUAUAAUAGAAAAAGAGAUAGACAAUAUAAUGUAAAAAUAUAUAAGAGAGAGAGAGAGAGAGAGAAAGAGAGAGAAAGUAGAGAUAUCUAAAAAGAAUGGAUGUAAUAAGAGAAGCAUAGAAACGUGCACCUACGCAGGCGAAUACGUAAAUUCGGUACUUUACGUGAAAUUGAAAGUCGAACGAGGUUAUAAAGGACGACUUGUAUCGAUAACCUUGAAGGGAGAAUAAUAUCCUCGUACGUGUGAGCGUGUGUUAACAUUCGAAAAUACAUACAUACACGAAUGUAAAUUCGCUUUGGACACGACACAGCACGACACGGUUUCGAGGAAAACAUUGUAAAGUAUAAACGAUAAAGAAGGAGAAAGGGAAAGAAGAAGAGAAAGAGAGAGAGAGAGAGAGAGAAAUUUUAGAAUAAAAAACGUGGAAAGGAGUUUAGUAGAGAUUUUUCAAAAUAGUAUAGAAAGCGAAAAGGAUAUGUGCCAAUGUAGAAAAGCGUCUGACGAGAAGCCGGCCGAUGAAGAUAAUGCCGAUGGAAGGAGAUGAGGUUAGAGCUAAGAAAAAUAGAAGAGGAAAGAACGAAAGAAAGGGAAACGGGGAAAAAGAAACGACGGGAAAUUGUGGCGAAGAAGAAGCGAUCCAGCCAUGUCAUGGGAGUCUAUUUCGUCCAGGGAUUACCUUGGUGGAUCGGCGAGUCAUCAGCUGUCGGCUACCGCUUUGCUGGGUAGCCCAGACGGCUCGAGACACCCUCUCGAUGUUUGUGAAUUCACAGAGGAGGACUAUCGGCAUCAAAAUGGCAGUGGGAAUAGUCAUUACCAGCAUAGCAGAUCGGGUACAGGUUUAUGGGAGUGUCUCGUAGGUUGCAGGCAGCGACUGGACCAGCAAUUAGCUCGUCGAAGGGUAGAGCAAGGAUUAAAAUUGUAUCGAGCGCAUAAACAGCAAGCAGCCGUAAGAAAAUGGAGAGGUGCAUUGAAGAGUAUCCGGCAACGCGAGGACAAAUUCGCGCUUCUGGGCUAUCUCUAUCAAGCCUAUAUGGAUUGGGGAAAGUACAGGGACAGUAUCGACUUUGGUCAGAGACAGCUCUGUAUCUCGGAAGAAUUGGACUCGCCUAAUAUGCGAGCGGAAGCGUAUUUGAACUUGGCCAGAGCUCACGAGAGAUUAGGUGCUUUGGACAGAGCCUUGGAUUAUGCCAGACACAGCUUGUAUAACGAGUGCGAUCAGUGCGCCACUGCUGGAUUAGUUCACUUAACCGUAGGCAGAGUCCACUUAGAACUAGCAGGAUUCUGUAAAGCCUUGGAGGCCUUUCAAAGAGCUCACAAAAUCGCCCACUCCAUUCAAGAUCCUUCCUUAGAGUUACAGGUAUAUGUCGGGCUAUCGGAACUCUUCUGCAGAUUACAGGAUGCCGACAAGAGCGCGAGAUACGCCGCGAGAGCGUACGAUCUCUCGCGAAGCUUACAGCUCGGCGAUCUAAAUUCGCGACAUCACAGAGCUGCUCUCCUUCAGAUGGCCGCGGCCUUGAGGAAGAAAGGAGAACUGGGUGAUGCUCAUGACUAUUGUUCGGAAGCAACGCGAUUGUCGCUCGUUUCAGGCGACCAAGCUAGCUACGCUCGGAGUAUACGAAUAAUGGGGGACAUUUAUCGAAAGAAAUUCGACAUAAAUAUGGGCGUAUUGCAGAAGGCGUUUCGCCAAUACGAAAGCGCCAUGGGAUCUGCCGCCGCGACCGGUGAUCGACUUUGCCAAAUGGAAGCGAUGGAUGGAGUGGCUAGGUGUUUCGAGGCUCUCAGACUACAGCACAAGAUAUGCAACUGCCGGCCCCUUGAAUUCAAUACCCGCCUUCUGGAAGUAGCUGGAUCCGUCGGUGCUAAGCUCUUAGUGAGGACCGUCAGGUCGAGGCUAUCGCGGAUUUACGGUUCCUUGGGGGACGAAGAACAAAAAGGACAUCACGAGAGACUCGCCGCUGCCAUGGAAGAAGAUUUAGAAUUACGAUGCGGUAGUUGCAACGAACCGUUCGGCUUGGAAGCCGAUUCCCUCGAGGCAUUACCUUGUUCUCACAUAUUACACGCAAGGUGCGCGUACGACAUAUUGAAAAGGCGCGACAAGAAAAAGAAGCGUCUCUGUCCGGAUUGUCAUAAAUCUGUCAGCUCACGACUGUACCUGCAUUGCGAAGAUCCACACGGCAUGAAUACUUUAAAUCAUAGUUCCUUGAGUCUGGCGUCUCUGAGGGCCAGCAGCCUAGCGACACUGGAGGAUUGUCACGCCACGAGUAGCGUCUAAAAAAAGGGCCGACGUAUAUUCGUUUAUUCCUUCGAUCGUUCGAUCGCGUAUAAAUAUGUGCCACGAUCGUGCACCGAAUCUAUCCAACUAUUUAAAAACGAAAAAGAAAAAAAAAAAAAAAGAGAGAAAAAGAGAAAAAAGAAAGAAAAAAAUAAAUAAAUCCUCGAAAGUUCGAGAGAGGCUCAUCAUAACGAGAACGGCGUAGGAAAGGAAAACUAAUACUGAUGAAUUGGAAAUAAAAAGAACGCCCGAAUCGAUUGCCAUUGUGAAUUGUUAUCUUCUCCCCGAUUAUUAUCUAUAGCUGUAUACAGAAUAAAAUUUAUUAAAUUCGACGAAACGUUCGAGUAACGUUUCGAUUUCGAACGACGAGCAUUGAUUUCUUAGCUAAGAAAAUCAUCGUUAUUACAUAUGUAUUAUAUGUGUAACCGUUAUCUCUACUUCAGACGCACUAUUUCCUUUUUCCUUUCUUUCUCACAUAUGUUUCUCCCUUCUGACUGUCUCUCUCUUUUUGUCAUCGUCAUUUGUAAUUUAGAAAUAGAAUAUAUAAUUCGUUCGUUAUUCGCUUCGUUCGAAAUAUUCUGUCGCUGUUGAAUGUUGUUGACGAUAUCUCGGGAGAACGCCAUACUCGUUGAGUCCUUCCAAAAUCGAAAGACUAUUAUUUUUAACCCGUCCCUACAUACAUUCCGAAGAAUGAAAUUCUACUGAGAUUAGUUUUUAAUAGAAAUACCAAGCGGAUCGCAUACGCACGAACUUAAUAGACACACACACGUACACACACAUACAAUUAUAUACAUACAUAUAUAUAUAUAUAUAUACGUAUUAUGUUAUAUAUAUAUACGUAUGCACAUAAUAUAUAUAUAUAUAUAUAUGCGUGUAUAUAUAAUAUUUAAAAAUUGUUACAUCUUAUAAAGAAUGCUAUAACUUAAUUAACAACUGUUAAUUAUAAAUCUUCGAUUAGUGACGUGGCAAAGAUAUAACAUAUAUUCGAAUCUAUCCGUAUUGAUCUUAAAAUGAUCAUCGCUAGACCUCGACGGAAGAAGAUUCAUAUUACGAUUUAUCGUUUGACAAUCUUCCUGAUUAAAAAAUAAAGUUUAACGUAAAACUGUAUGUGCACGUCGUAAAAGAUUGAUUUUAAAUAAAAUUAUCCAAUUAA